CUUCACAACAGUCACUUCUUCACAGGAAGAGUAGCAUCUUGCACCGGUUCUGAUGCUUUUAUAGUAUUCUUCAAUUCGGGAGAACGAUCCAUCUCGAGUCAUGUAUGCUGUCACGCUCCUAGCGAUCGUUCUGCCUGGAUUCUUGUCGUUCUCCUCCUCCGACAAGGACAUGUGCGACUUGUACGCGGCAGUUGGACAAACGAUGGAGCUUCCAUUUGUUUACAACCAGCUGGCCAACACGGACGUGCUGAGCUGGACUCACAACGGCACCAUCGUUUUCAACCGGGAGCAAACCAGAGUGUCUGUCGGAAAGCAGGAGGACGUCUCUCAGACCGGUUCUCUUCUGCUGAAGAACUUGAAUCUCUCCAGUGGGGGCUGGUACCAGGCCACCGUCCGCCAUCCAAACCGUACCCUGGUGACGCUGUGGACCAGCCGUCUCUGCACGAUGGACAAGGUGUCACAACCGCGGCUCAGUUACUUCUGCGACCUGAAAAUCGGAUUUGUCAAUCUCAGCUGCCACGUGGCGAAUCCUCAAGACUUAUCCUUUUCGUGGACCGUUGACGAUAUCAACUUAUUGGGUGCGACCAAGCAGACUUUGAACGUAUCCCUGGACAAGGAAAAGAAUUUCGCAUGUAGGGUGAAGAACAGAUUUAGCACAGAGAGGAGUGACACUGUUCGUCCAGUCUGUAAAAACCCACCCCCGACUUCACCAGCAACAACACCGGUUCUGCUUUGUUUUACUUCUAAAACGAUCAUCGCGGUGCUGGGGGGAGGAGCGGCUGUGUUUCUUCUUCUGCUCGUCAUCCUCGCCAUGUUGUGUCAACGCCAAGGACGUGGCAAAAGCGACAUGUGUGUCUCGGGCAAAGGGGACCUCAGGAUGGUUUCUGUAAAACAGCAGAGACCUGAGCGCAGCAGCCCAGAUUACGAGACCAUGAACCCCGCCGACUUUCCUACGUCCGCGUUUCCAGAACCUUUAUCCAGAACUUGUCAUACGAGUGCUUCUACGCCCAGUGAAAGCCUUCCACAGCUGCACCAAGCGGCUGCCAGAGAACCCUCACCGGUCCCAAAGCCCAGGACCAAAAACCCGCAGACACCAAACAUGUCAACCUCUUUAAAGUCAUUACAUUGAUUAUUUUUCUCUCUGCUAAGGAAAUCUACAGUGUACACGGGAAGUCUUUGAAAAUGCUUACGAGUGUGAUAAAUAUCCCCACACAAUGUCUAGAAAUUCAUGUUGUAAUUAUGUCAUUAUAAAUUUACACACAGUAUGCAAAUUCAUGUUUUAUGAUGUCUUGAAGGAAGUAAUAUGCCCAAACAAGACAUCUAAAAAUGCGUUGUUUUCAUCAUAAACAUCCCCGUACGCCAUGUCUAUAAAUUGGUGUUUUAACUAUGAACAUAUAAUAAAUGUAUCCAAACGUGUGUA